AUGAAUAAAGUCAUCAGGUUAGUACCCAGGACAAUACCGUCAUGGAGAACCACGCCGUUUUUAUCGCGUGCAGUUGGCCAAUUCAGGCAUUCAAGUAGUUCGUCGUCUAGUUCGAAUGGCGUAGAUGUCUCCAAUGGCUCGACACAUCAGAUUGACCACAUCCACGAGAGUUUACGAAAGUACAUGCGUUGGUACCCCCAAGACGAGGUCACAUAUGCCACCAUUCAGACGUACUUGGAGUUGUACCGCAAUAUUCACCAUACCCAGGACUUGUUGGUGGGAAUAGUGUAUGAGAACCCGCAGAUCAAGAAGUCAUCUAAGUUGUUGGAGGCUCUCUUGGCUGACCCGUUAUCUUCAGGCAGUGAAUCGUGGUUUCAAACGUUGGAAUCACGGCCGCGUGACAUCAACAACAUGGUCUCAUUCUCCUCGGAUGAACUGGUGGAGUUACUACUACCUGAAGCAUUCCAAAGAACCACUAAUAAGAUCACCGCUGAGUCUCCCGUGCUCAGCGCCGCAUACCGCUCACAAUUUCCCCAGGUAUUUGACCCACUGGAUUCGAAACCAAACAAUUUGAUUCUCCUUGAGGUCAACAGAGACUCAGAUGUGUCGAAACUAGUAGAUGUUUGUCAUUUUUUCAUCUAUGUAUCCAACGAGUUCUCCACCUUGAUGGAUGCAAUGCCUCGACAUGUUCAGAAGAAAAUUCUUGUGACUGUCGUGGACAAUCCUGAGUAUUCGCCUCUGUCUUCGGAGGUGUCGCCAGUGACAUUCGAUAUGCACUAUAACGUUACUCACCAUGCUGUAAAGAUUAACUCGCACAAGAUGGUCCUGGGAGUCCGUGAGUACUUUGCGGAGGGCUCUAAGGCUGGCUCAGAUUACUUUGACAAUUUGCAGCAAAGUAAUAUUCUCGAGUUGUACAAGUUUUUGCUGUGGUUCUUGCGGACAGAAAACUUGAGAGAUUGGCUGUUCCAUGUCAUAAGAGAGGAGAUCUCUCAUAACACAAUCCUGGAGCAAUAUAUUCGCAACGUCUACGAUGAUCUCCGCCUUCACACCUUGAUUGACUGCAGCAGCAGUAUGCAUGCGGAGCUCCAGAAGGACUUCAUCCCGAAUACAGACAAGUUCUUCCUGCAAAAGCUCCGGUGGUGGAUGCUAUACUGGAAAAACGACAAUGUGGAGUAUGCUCUCAAGGAUUACUUCAUGGCUAAUUUUAUGCCUAAGAGUAUCUCUGCUUACAACUACGUCAAGGGACAGGUGGUUGCUCGGUUGGAAGACCAGAAGUUCGCCAAGUAUCCUGACACAUUUUCUAUAUCCAACCCAUUGGAUGCAUUCAAACAAAAUCUAAUUAAUGAACGAAUUCUGCUGGAAGUGCAGCUGGUUGUUUAUGCAACUAUCAUGAGUGCGUUCAUUUACUACCAACUUCCGUUUACUAUUCUCUCUUUACUUGGAUAUGGAUGGUUUGGUAUCCAGGCUAAAACAGCGAUUGCAGUGACUAGUUUGGGAUGGGUUCUUGGCUUCAACCAGGUGUCGAAGCAGUGGCACGAGUUCUCCCACAAGUGGCUUGCAAAGUUGUAUGAUGAGGUGAGAUUGGUGAUUUCCAAGGGGUGCAUUGACAAUGGACUACUUAAGGAGCUCAAUGCUCGGUAUGAGGGAGCAAAAGAUUUGGCACGCAUUAGAAGGGAAGUGGCUGAGUCAUUAGACAAGGUCAAAUAA